GCGCGAAAUCUAGGCCCAGCCCCCGUGGUUUCGGGACACUAGCCUCCGGGUGCGUCUGGGACCCCUGCGCGCCUCGAAGGUACCCCGAGCACCAUGUCGUCCCCGGCGUCCACCCCGAGCCGCCGCGGCAGCCGGCGCGGGCGAAUCACUCCCGCGCAGACGCCUCGAAGUGAGGAUGCCAGGUCAUCACCGUAUCAGAGACGUAGAGGCGAAGAUUCUACCUCUACAGGAGAGCUGCAGCCUAUGCCCACCUCGCCUGGAGCUGACCUGCAGAGCCCUGCCGCUCAGGACACGUUAUUUUCCAGCCCUGCUCAGAUACAUUCUUCAACAAUCCCCCUUGACUUUGACGUUAGUUCACCACUGACAUAUGGCACUCCCAGCUCUCGGGUAGAGGGAACCCCAAGGAGUGCUAUUAGAGGCACGCCUGUGAGGCAGAGGCCUGACCUGGGGUCUGCUCGGAAAGGCCUGCAGGUGGAUUUGCAGUCCGAUGUGCCAGCUACAGAAGAUAUAGUGGCGAGUGAGCAGUCUCUAGGCCAAAAGCUUGUGAUUUGGGGAACAGAUGUAAAUGUAGCAACAUGCAAAGAAAAUUUUCAGAGGUUCCUUCAGCGUUUUAUUGACCCUCUGGCUAAAGAAGAAGAAAAUAUUGGCAUAGAUAUUACGGAACCUCUGUACAUUCAGCGACUUGGAGAGAUUAAUGUCAUUGGGGAGCCAUUUUUAAAUGUAAACUGUGAACACAUAAAAUCAUUUGACAAAAAUCUAUACAGACAGCUCAUCUGCUACCCACAGGAAGUUAUCCCAACCUUUGACAUGGCUGUCAAUGAGAUCUUCUUUGACCGUUACCCUGACUCAAUCUUAGAACAUCAGAUUCAAGUAAGACCAUUCAACGCACUGAAGACAAAAAAUAUGAGAAACCUGAAUCCAGAAGACAUCGACCAGCUCAUCGCCAUCAGUGGCAUGGUAAUCAGGACAUCCCAGCUGAUUCCAGAGAUGCAAGAAGCUUUCUUCCAGUGCCAAGUGUGCGCCCACACAACCCGGGUGGAGAUUGACCGUGGUCGCAUCGCUGAGCCCUCCGUCUGUGAGCGUUGCCACACCACCCACAGCAUGGCACUGAUCCAUAAUCGCUCUGUGUUCUCCGACAAGCAGAUGAUCAAACUUCAAGAGUCUCCUGAAGAUAUGCCUGCAGGGCAGACGCCUCACACUGUCAUCCUUUUUGCUCACAAUGAUCUUGUUGACAAGGUUCAGCCUGGAGACAGAGUGAACGUUACAGGCAUCUAUCGAGCUGUUCCUAUUCGAGUCAACUCACGUGUGAGUAAUGUGAAGUCUGUCUACAAAACCCACAUUGAUGUCAUUCACUAUCGGAAAACUGAUGCAAAACGUCUACAUGGCCUUGAUGAAGAAGCAGAGCAGAAACUGUUUUCAGAGAAGCGUGUGGAGUUGCUUAAGGAACUUUCCAGAAAACCAGACAUUUAUGAGAGACUUGCUUCAGCCUUGGCUCCAAGCAUUUAUGAACACGAAGAUAUAAAGAAGGGAAUCUUGCUUCAGCUCUUUGGUGGAACAAGAAAGGAUUUUAGUCACACAGGCAGAGGCAAAUUUCGUGCUGAGAUCAACAUCCUGCUGUGUGGUGACCCUGGUACCAGCAAGUCUCAGCUGCUGCAGUAUGUGUACAAUCUGGUCCCCAGGGGCCAGUACACGUCUGGGAAAGGCUCCAGUGCAGUUGGCCUCACCGCAUACGUGAUGAAAGACCCUGAGACGAGGCAGCUUGUCUUGCAGACUGGUGCCCUUGUUCUGAGUGACAAUGGUAUCUGCUGUAUUGAUGAGUUUGACAAGAUGAAUGAAAGUACGAGAUCAGUACUACACGAAGUCAUGGAACAGCAGACUCUUUCCAUUGCAAAGGCUGGGAUCAUUUGCCAGCUCAAUGCACGCACGUCUAUCCUGGCAGCAGCAAAUCCUAUUGAGUCUCAAUGGAAUCCAAAAAAAACUACCAUUGAAAAUAUCCAGCUGCCUCACACAUUAUUAUCAAGGUUUGAUUUGAUCUUCCUCAUGCUGGACCCUCAGGACGAAGCAUACGACAGGCGUCUGGCUCACCAUCUUGUGUCUCUGUACUACCAGAGUGAGGAACAAGUGGAAGAGGAGUUCAUGGACAUGGCAGUGCUGAAGGACUACAUCGCUUACGCCCACGGCGCGGUCGUGCCUCGGCUGAGCCAGGAAGCCAGCCAGGCUCUCAUCGAGGCUUAUGUAGACAUGAGAAAGAUUGGCAGCAGCCGAGGAAUGGUUUCCGCAUACCCUCGACAGCUGGAAUCAUUAAUUCGGUUAGCAGAAGCCCAUGCUAAAGUACGAUUUUCAAACAAAGUUGAAGCAAUUGAUGUUGAAGAAGCAAAGCGCCUCCAUCGGGAAGCUCUAAAGCAGUCUGCCACCGACCCCCGGACGGGCAUUGUGGACAUCUCCAUUCUAACUACAGGAAUGAGUGCCACCUCUCGUAAACGGAAAGAAGAAUUAGCUGAAGCAUUGAAAAGACUUAUUUUAUCUAAGGGCAAAACACCAGCUCUAAAAUAUCAGCAACUUUUUGAAGAUAUCCGUGGACAAUCUGACAUAGCGAUUACCAAAGAUAUGUUUGAAGAAGCCCUGCGUGCCUUGGCUGAUGACGACUUCUUGACAGUAACUGGCAAAACCGUCCGCUUGCUCUGAAGCUCUCCGGGACAGCGCUGUUUGUGGCUUGUCUGCACUUGGUCGUUGCACUUGCUUGCAUAUGUGUACAGCAUAGGGGCCAGUCAGCUGCCACUGCUGCCGUCAGUGGAAAUAGAUUCCUUAAAGUCAUCUUUUUGGCUCCAUAAAAAUUUUCUAACCUGGAUUCAGUUUUCAUAGUGAAGUGUGUGUUUUCGCUUGUUUAACAUUAUAAGUAAAAUUUCUGUGCCAAUUGACAAACGUACAGUAAAAGUUAUUGUAAGUGCCAUUAUUAUAGCACCAGGAUUUUUAAUCUGUAUUUAUAUAUAUCACAGGAUGUCAGUGCUGGAUUUCCUAAGGGAAUCAGGGAAUAUGCUUGACGUUUUUGCAAUAUGAGAUAAAACUUAGCCAGGGCAUAUCAUUCAGUGUGAGGUAAUGAAGGACCAGAGCCUUUCUCCCUGUUAAAACUCUCAAGUGUCAUUCCUUCCAGAGGCUUGUUCUCAUGGCUCCCAUAUGACAAAAAAAAAAUAAGAUGGUUGGAAAUGGUUAGGUUCUAGGUUAAUUUCUACUUUAUCCUAAUCUGUAAACUUUUUCCUAAAUAAAUGAUUGAGUAAGUAAUACUGGGUUACCUGGUAUAAUUUUUCAUCAAGAAAAAAAGCUUUAGUAAACACUCUAUUCAUGGAAA